AGCUACAACCAAAGAUCCGCCCUUGCAUGACUCAAUGCAUUAGUUUCGUUUCUGCGGAAGUGAGUCGAAUGGCCGAGGAAACUUGGUGGUUGUCCGAGUCUUUUCGGUGAGCUGGUUCUUUUGGCUCCAUUCACCAAAAAGAGCCGGUGCAUUUGCUCUCAACGACUGCUGGUUCCAAAAGAAAGAAAAAACGACACAGAACCAUGAGAAAAAUGCUAGUCUACAGGAUAUAACGGAGAAAAAGUGGGAUGAUUUAUUUUUCAUAUAGUUUCAACUGAACGGCUCCUUUCACCCAUUGGUUCGCAUCGUUUAAUAAAACGAGCCAUUGAAAACGGGUUGUUCAUUUGCGUUCUCUCUAAUCAGCAAAAUCCUAGUUACUGCACCAAGAUGUCGUCUGCCGUGUCUCAAUAUAUAACAAAAAUUCUGUGUGGAAAUGAAGGCAGUUUGGACUAUAAGCAUCUUGAACAGAUUGUUAGUAAAAGGUUCACUGUUGCAGAUUCGCUCCUACAAGAAAUACUUUGUGACAGCGGGAGAUUUGCCAUCCGCGAAGGUAAAGAAAAAGCUUCGCACCGUGUUCUCCCUCAGGACAGUGUUAUUGUUGCCAAAACAUCACUGCGAGUUUGUCAAAGCCCCCUUGGAGACUGUCGUCUGUGCGAAAACUUACACCUGUGCCGAUACUAUGUAUCUGGUAACUGCAUGUUCGGAAACAAUUGCAAAAAUUCCCACUGUCUGGAUACUACCCAGAAUGCCCGUGUCCUAGAAAGGUUGUGCCUAAAUGACCUGGAGGAGGCAGAGCUGUUCCAACUACUGCUACAGAAUGACUCCUACCUGAUACCCGAGAUUUGCUCCCAUUACAACAAGGGUGUUGGUGAGCAUGGGUCCUGCAGAUUUAAAACGACCUGUACCAGCCUCCACAUCUGCCUGCACUUCCUCCAGGGAGACUGUAAGUUUGGGAAUGGAUGUAAGAGGGCCCACACGAUCGACGCAACCGCUAGGAAGAUCCUAAACGGACGAGGAUUAAGCCAAGAGAACAUCAGGAUUAUCCACAGGAUCUACGCAAAUAAAUUAAUCAUCCUUUCGCACAAAGAAAGAACUGCUGCAGUAGCUCCAGCCAUUCAGCCAGUUGGGAAACAGCCUUCUUCUAACUCCAUCAGUGAGAGUGACAGGAAUGAGAUUUGCCUCUACUUCCUCUGUGGACACUGCAGCUUCAAAGAUAAGUGUGUCCGUAUCCACUGCCCCCUGCCUUACAACUGGCAGGUAUUGGAGAGUGAUGGGGUGACUUGGAAAGACCUGCCAAAUGUAGUAGAGGUGGAGAAGGAAUACUGUAACCCUGGAACUAUCACAAGUGGUGGAAGACAGUUUUCAUUCCCUCUCUUCAGUCGAGGGAGCCCUCCUGUGAACUUCCCCACCAUGACACGUGGAAGCUCUCCAGUUCGUCGUCUGUCCACUGUGUCCUCUGUUACCAAACCCCCCCACUUUGUGCUCACCACAGAAUGGCUGUGGUACUGGAAGGAUGAGUGUGGCCAGUGGAAAGAGUAUGGCCAGGAGGGUGGUAUGAUGAACAAGGCAUCUGUUGACUCCCUUACUCUGGAGAAGGAUUACCAAACUGACCCUGACAGCGAUAUUGAAUUCACAUGUGGACGUCAAAAGUACAUUCUCUAUUUCAAAGAGAUGAAUCAGCAGAAUAUUUGUCACAAAACCAAACGACCGGUAUGUAGAAGGCCUCGUUUUCUAUCUGAGGAAGAUGUGAAGGCUAAGUCAAAGAGUUUUGGUCUUCGUGGCAGCGUGUCUAAUGACAGCUCCAGGUUGUCUCCGUCCAUCCCUUCACACUGGGACAAGAAAGCCUUGUCUGAUUCCACAGACUAUGAGUUGGUUCCACUCUCAAGCCAGAUGGAAGACUACCAAAUGAUACAGAAGCUGUUCAAAUCUACCAUGGCUAGCAGCACCAUCCACAGCAUCAAACGGAUCCAGAACCCCUCCCUCUGGAGGGUCUUCCAGUGGCAGAAGGAACAGAUGAUGAAGAAGAAUGGAGGAAAACCAGUUGACGAGAGACACCUGUUCCACGGUACAGAUCAAUCUAUUAUAGAGGCCAUCUGUGAACAGAACUUUGACUGGAGGGCAUGUGGUGUCAAUGGAACAGUUUAUGGCCAAGGAAGCUACUUUGCCAGAGAUGCAUCAUACUCACACAAAUACAUAAAGUCGAGCAGAAACAGAAAGAUCAUGUUCGUGGCUCUGGUCUUGGUCGGGGAGUUUACCAAAGGAUGCAGUCAGUACCGUCGCCCGCCACAGAAAGGCAGGGGCAAGGCCCUCUACGACAGCUGUGUCGACUCAGAAAGGAACCCAUCGAUUUUUGUUGUGUUUGAGAAACAACAGAUUUACCCUGAGUUCCUUAUUGAAUACUUGUGAAAUCUAGAGGGGCCAACACCACUGUACUACACAGAGGACAGCCAAUAUAAUCAUGAUACUACUAUACCACUGUAUAUAGUUUGACCAAAAAAAAAAA